AUGGCAUCCAGAAAGACCGUAUCUCGUCGUACUCGCCCCCAAAGGGCAACAUCGAACAUCUUUGCCAUGUUUGAUCAAGCUCAAAUUCAGGAAUUCAAAGAAGCUUUCAACAUGAUCGACCAAGAUCACGAUGGAUUCAUCAGCAAUCAGGAUUUGCAGGUAGGAAUUGUUCGGCUUCGGAUUUUAGGAAUAAAAGGUUUUGUAAAGUGUGCUUUUAACGAUAAGACAGUGACAGAGCUAAAAUAUUUUGCUUUAGGACAUGUUUGCUUCUUUGGGAAAAGAAGUCAACGAAGAUUUUAUUGAGAAGAUGAUUGGUGAAGCUUCUGGAUCCAUCAACUUUACCAUGUUCUUGACCUUGUUCGGAGAAAAACUCACUGGAACGGAUCCAGAAGAAGUGAUUCGGAAUGCUUUUCAAUGUUUUGAUGAGGACAAUAGUGGUAUGUUUAAUGUAGUACUUAAAUUUUCAGUUUUUGAUUUUUUUGAAACUAAAAUUUAAAUAAGUUUAAAGCGUGGGCAAAGUGUAUAAAUUUACAACCGAUAUUUUGUAAUUUGUUUAGGAUAAUACAAAAGCUGAAAUAAUUAAAUUAAUGCUUAAUGUAACCUAGGUUUUUAAGGGACUAUAUCAGAAGACCGUUUUCGAGAGUUAAUGACGACAAUGGGAGACCGUUUCACUGAUGAACAAGUUGAUGAACUCUUCCGUGAUGCUCCCAUCAAAAAUGGUCGCUUCGACUACGUCGAGUUCACCAGAAUGCUCAAGCACGGUACUAAAGAUAAGGACGAACAAAAGUAA